AUGGACUUCCCGUCAGCCCAACAACCUGCGCCCAUCACCACCACAUACGGCCUCGUAUUCGGUCUGCCCUUCUCCUCCCCCUUGCUUCGUUCUCCCCUCCCCUCCUUUCUUGCCAACAACAUCACCACCACUACCACCAACAAUUAUACAGACGGCACCAAAAACAUCACCAACAACCACCGCAGCAUCGUCAGCUCAGACCGUAAUACUCCAACAACAACAACACUGCCUCCUCCAACAACCACCAAUCAUCAACAACUGCCACAUCAAUCGCCACCACCAACUCCAACAAUAACAACAUCUCCUCCAUCGAACGAAAUCCCCCCCAAUACGACAACAACAAGAACAGCAGCAGCAGCAGCAGAAGCAGCAGCUCCUCCAACAACAACGUCCGCCCCGAAUCUCCAACAACAACAUCAUCAUCAUCAUCAAAUCUCCAACAAUAGAUGCUAA